CACCGUGAAAGCCACUUCCUGAAUCAGAAGGCAGAACAUCAGGACAUGUAUUAGGAAAGAUGUCUUGGGCAAGUGAGCUUCCUCCAGACCUGCUGUGUAGGCCACUUGGGCUGGUGGUGCUAACAGGGUUGGACAACACCUACAAUGCAGUCCAUAAAGCUAUCUGGGAUGCUUUUUGUAAUAACAGAAGGGCUGACAGGGUUCCUCUGCAGUUUAAGGUGCUCAACUUGGACCAUGACUACCCCAAGUGCAGGACUAAGAGGACCACAUACGAGUGGUAUGUUCCCAAGGGGAUCCUGAAGAGUGCCUGGAUGAACAAGCACUUAGACCAGGUGCCCUCAGUUGUGGUGGUGUUCUUUGACCUGGACUGGGAUGAGCCACUGUGGAAAGAGAAGCAGAUGGAAUGUGCUACAAGAAUUGAGAUUGUCAGGAAUAGUCUUGAUGGCCGCAGCACCAGAGUAUGUGUGGUGCUGAUCCAGAAGAACGCUCCACUCCCUCCAGGAGAAGACAUGGUGGCAGCAGAGAGGGCAGCCUCUUUCUGCAGUGCAUGUGAGCUGUCUGCCAAGUCCCUGUUUGUUCUCCCUAACACUGACCACCUGCUGGGCUAUGUGAUUAGGCUGGAGAAUGCCUUCUAUGAACAGGCCCAGAGUUAUUAUCACACUGAGGCUAGGAGAGUGAAAGCACAUAAAGAGUUCCUGAAUAAGACUACUCACCAGCUAUUAUAUGUGAGACAUCAGUUCAAAAUAGCAUUCUUUAAUGAGCUGAAGCAGGACACUCACACAGCCCUCAAGCACUAUAAACAGGCUUAUGGGAAUGUUCUUGAACUGAGGAUGCUGAAUACCAAUAUGCUGGAAGUAAAGACAGUUGCUGGAUUUAUUAAUUACAAGAUUUGCAGAUUGUCUUUCCAACAUAAUGCACCCCUGGACGCCAUCAGUCAGUUCAGAAAGCAUAUUGAUUUCUUUAAGAAGAAGAUUGGCACUGGAGAAUUGUCAUUUGAGCAUAGUGCUUGGAUGUCUAGACAGUUCCAGAUAUUUGGGGACUUGUUUGAUGAAGCUAUCAAGCUGGGUCUCACUGCCAUUCAAACCCAGCAUCCAGGGUUCUACUACCAGCAGGCUGCCAAUCAUUCUAUAUCAAGGAAACAGUUAUGUAGAGGGCUGUGCCAUCCCAACAUCACCUACCCUUCCCCUGACCCACUGGAAGGCUUGAGCAGUCUUGAUUACUAUGGCCAGAGACCAUGGAGGCAAGGACACCAGAGCAUAGACCCUCCAGAUGCAGCCAAGGAAAAGGAUGGUAUCCUUGCUCUGCAGUACCUGGAAAGUACAGUGGACCAUGAGUGGAUAAUUAUUCCCCUAUUGAGCAGUGCUGUCACACAGUUUAAGAAAUACAAGUCCCCAAGAAUGAAGAGAUAUCUCAUGGUCCAGAUGGGAGAAGAGUAUUAUCAUGCUAAACAAUAUACCAAUGCUUUGUCGUUGCUGAGUCGUGUAACAUAUGAUUACCGUGUUGAGCACUGGUGGCUGCUUCUCACCAAUAUCUUGAUCACAUCACUCAGAUGCGCCUACCUGGUGGGAAAUGUGGAAGAAUAUGUCGCUUUAUGCCUUGAGUUGAUCAGCAAAUAUAUUCCCUUAUCAAAAGAAGAGAAAACUAGGAUACAGAUGAACCUGAUCCGGGUGAUGUCAAGUGACCCUCCAGAGCCAGAACCUGGCUGUGAUGCUGACUGUGUAGAGAAAGCUAAACCUUUGUGGAAGUGUGAGGCCUCCAAGGAGCAGGAGCAGUGCAUGUUUACUGUGGAGAUGCAGAACAUUAUUCCAUUUGUGGAGUGUAAAGCAGCUUUCAGUGAGGAGACAUUCACAGCAGAUGUUCCCAUUGUCCUGCACAUAUUUUUAAAAACUACCUGCCCAUUCCCAAUGAGAUUUUCAAAGUUGUCUGUGCUUUUAAACAACCAGGUGUACAACCAGUACUGUGUGGUCAGUGAUGGGCAGGGUAUAGGGUCUGGAGAGUCCUCAGAGGAACAGACAGGAGACCUGUACCUGGUGCCAGGCAAGCCAAAGAUGUACACCUUCACAUACCUACCCAGACAGGAGGAUGUGGGGAAAACACUACAGAUAUCUUCCAUUGCCCUUGAGCUAGGCUCGGAGACUUCCCGUUGCUCUGUCCUUCACUGGUUACACUGGAGUGACAGCGGCAGUGAGGGGCUGAUAUUGCCUGCACCAGAACACAGUGGAAAGAAGAAGAAAAAGAUCAGCUCACAGGAAGACCUAGAGACUGUGGAGUGGGACUUGAUUGACACCAAUUCCUCUGCAAACUUGGUCCCCAGGGUGGCCUGUGUGGAUGUUAACAUAGAGCAUCACUCACCUGCUCUUAUCAUGGAAUUUUACCACAUCAAACUCAAUAUAAAAAACACAGAAACUUCCAGCACCAGGAAUAACAGUUUAUCUGUAGGACAAAAAGAAAAACUGGAUACUUUCUUGGAUCACACAACCCAUGUCACAGUGGACCAUGCUGAGUACCAGGACAAAGUAGUGCCCAGACGUGAGCAGGUGCCCCUAGGGAACCAGGGGGUAUUAGAGCCUGGCCAGGAGAGCAACAAAAGUAUUUUUGUGAAAUGCCUUCAGCCAGGAACAAGAACAAUAGUUAUUAGGAUUACUUAUGAAGUGGAUGUGGACGUCUCAGGUCAUAUGGUAACUUGUACCUGUGAGAAAGAAGAAACUAUAACUAUUCCUGCAGUGCCACCCUUUGAAGUCACUUUUCUAGUCAAGUCAAUGAAGUUUGAGGCUGUAGAAUCUGUCCAUGCUGACUGCCCGUUCAUGGUGCUGACUGACAUCAACAAUAGCGCCCAGUGGCCCAUACAGAUACAGACCAGUGAACUCAAGCUGUCACCAUUUAUAAAGAAUGUUGGUGAAAAUGUGCAAUCACAGUUGGAAUCAAUAUCCCUCAAGUCCAGUGAGCAUGCUGGGGAGUGUCUUUGUAUGGUGGCUCCCCCUGUCAUACAGCCCACUGUACCCCUGGGGAACUACGUCAUACACUGGAAGAGACAUGGUGAUGACACCCUCCCGUCUGUGACCACCACCCUCCCCCUGCCCCAUGUGACUCUGGAACACAUCCCGCUGGCCGUGGAUGUAGACAUUCCUUCUAACGGCUCUGUCAGGGAUACUCUACCUGUGACAUAUACUAUCUAUAACAAGACUGGCUACAUACAGGAGAUAGAAGUGACCAUGGAUUCCAGUGAGCUUUUUAUGCUGUCUGGGCACAAGCAGCUUCACUUCAGAAUCCUCCCCAGCAGCAAGUAUAAGCUAAACUAUAACCUGUACCCCCUGGCUCCUGGUCAUAUCCCCCUGCCACGCCUACAUCUGAACAUGCUCAGGUACCCUGGGACCAUGGACGACAUAGUACAUAAGAUGAUACCUUCACAUGUAUUUAUCAUGGUAAGAAAAGUCAGUUCUCAUUAAGAGUUUGAACUCAAACAAAUUUGGCUAGUUUAUUAUUUAUUUGAACAUUUUUUGUGUCGCUUGUAUUGUGACUUUUUGUAGGGA